GUCGACCGAAAAAAAUCUAAUUUAGUUUUAAGAGCCACAUUAUAAAAAAUUAUUUUUUUUUUAAUAUUUAAUAUUUGUUGAAAAAUGAGUAGCUCUACAGAAAUAAUUAAACGAGAUUUUCCUGGAGUUGACGAUAGUGUUUUAGAUUAUGUAAAUGGAAUUUUGGAAGAUGAUGACGGCUUUAAUGACUGUGAUGAGCUUUAUGAAGCUAUAGGUGAUCUUCUACAGGGGUUAGCGUUUGAUAAACCUGAGGAGUCAAUUAGACAAACUUGCGAACAACUUUUUGAUUUAAUCCAGUCUAAACGCGUGGAUGCCCCCACGAAAAACAAAAUUUUAAAUGCACCAAUAAAUAUUGCCGAUUUGGCUGCUGAAAUGGACAAUGUAACCAAAGAUAUGAAAAGUAUAUGGGUGGUGGAAAGAAAUGGACCUAAUAAAGUAGAUUCAAAAAAAUUAGAAAAAGCUGAGCAAAAAAUUCAACAAAAGAUUGAGAAACGUCAGGAGAAUGGUAAAGUUGGUCAAACAAUCGUACCUAAACAACAGACUGCUACCGCUUCGCAAGUUAUAAAUAAAAAGGAUAGUAAACUGGAGAGCAAAAAUCAAAAUCGUAGUAUGGAUAUUCGUAUAGAAAAUUUUGAUUUGGCUUUCGGAGAAAAAGUAUUAUUACAAAAUUCUGAUUUAACAUUAUCUUAUGGCAGAAGAUACGGUUUAGUCGGCCGUAAUGGUUUAGGCAAAACAACCUUAUUACGCAUGAUAUCAGAAAAACAACUAAAAAUUCCAGAACAUAUUUCAGUUUUACACGUUGAACAGGAAGUCACUGGAGAUGAUACGCGAGCAAUUGAUAGUGUUUUAGAGUGCGACAUUGAACGAACAAGGUUACUUAGUAAAGAAAAAGAAAUUUUAAAAUUAGUGAAUUCUGGAAAUUCGGAUGCAAAAUUAACUUCUGAGUUGAGUGAAAUUUAUGCAAAAUUGCAAUUGAUAGAAGCUGACAAAGCUAUUGCCAAAGCUUCUAUUAUUUUGAGGGGCUUAGGAUUUUCAGCUGAUAUGCAGGAAAGGCCAACAAAAUCAUUUUCCGGCGGUUGGCGUAUGCGUUUAGCAUUGGCCCGAGCUCUCUUCUCUAAACCAGAUUUAUUGUUAUUAGAUGAACCUACGAACAUGUUAGAUAUCAAAGCUAUUAUUUGGUUGGAGAACUACUUGCAAAAUUGGCCAUCAACAUUGCUAGUUGUAUCUCACGAUCGUAAUUUUCUUGAAACAGUACCUACAGACAUUAUACACUUACAUUCGCAACGCUUGGAUAUAUAUAAAGGUGACUACAAACAAUUUGAAAAAACCAAAAAUGAAAAAUUGAAAGCACAAAGGCGAGAGUACGAAGCUCAGAUGGCUCAAAGAGCUCAUGUGCAAGAAUUUAUUGAUCGAUUUAGGUAUAAUGCUAACAGAGCCGCAAGUGUCCAAUCAAAAAUUAAAAUGUUGGAAAAAAUGCCUGAACUGAAACCAAUUGAAAAAGAAAUUGAAGUUAAAUUAAAGUUUCCAGACGUCGAACCAUUAAAUCCUCCUGUGAUAGCUAUGAACGAAGUUGGAUUUGCAUAUGAUUCUGGUGUAAGAAUUUUUGAUAAAAUUAAUUUAUCUGGGACUUCUGAUUCACGAAUAUGUAUUGUGGGUGAAAAUGGAGCCGGUAAAACAACAUUGCUCAGGAUUAUAAUAGGACAACUUUCCCCCCAAUCAGGAAAUGUCACAUUACAUCGUGGUUUACGAGUGGGAUAUUUUGCUCAACAUCAUGUUGACAAUUUAGAUAUGAAUAAAAGUUGUGUUGGAGUUAUUGAAGAAGAUUUUCCUGGUAAACCGCAAGAAGAGUACCGGCGACAACUUGGAAGUUUUGGAAUCUCUGGGCCACUAGCAUUACAAAGUGUUGGAAGUUUAUCUGGAGGACAAAAAUCUAGAGUUGCUUUUGCCAAAAUGUGUAUGGCUGAACCUAAUUUCUUAGUUCUUGAUGAACCUACAAAUCAUUUGGAUUUGGAAACAAUAGACGCCUUAGGUAUUGCGAUAAACAAGUUUAAUGGUGGUGUAAUUUUGGUAUCCCACGACGAAAGAUUAAUAAAAUUGGUUUGUAAAGAAUUGUGGGUAUGCGGAAACAAAACUGUCCAAAGCGUAGAAGGAGGAAUAGAAGAGUAUAAGAAAGCUGUACUUAGAGAAAUUGAAUCAUCUGUUUAACUCAUUUGUAUAAACUUCACUUUUGUUAAAGAAAUUUUUGAUAUAUAUUAUUCAAACUUAUAAAAAAAUAUAAAAUUAUCUAUAAUAGCAUAAUUAACGGUUAUUAUUGUUAGCUGUCAUAUUUCAUUCCGAAUAUAUUUCAAAGGAAUUAGAU